AUGCCUUCUAUCGGAGCUACUCUUUCCUCUGCCCCAAGGGCUCAGGGGAACACCACAACCACUCUCCGUCGCAUGCCGCUUAGCAAUGUCCCUGUUUUCAACGAAGACAGCGCCAUUCGUGAGCAGCAGCCUUUCAGUAGCGACGACUUCACUAUCUUCUGUGAUGACGAAGACAGCUUCACUUCUGCGGAGCAAGGACCAUCCAGUAGUGGAGACUUCACCAUCUUCUGUGAUGACGAAGACAACGCUGUUUCUGAGGAGCAACCACCUUUCAGCAACGAUGACUUCACCAUUUUCUGCGAUGAGUCUGAAGAGAAAUUCCGUCCAGCCAACGGGGACAUCAAUAUUGGCUUUGAAGACGGAUCGAGGUACACGAUCCCAGAACUGCAAGGUACCGUCGGCGUCCUCCAGGAGCGACACCCCAACAUCAUGGGCAGAGCAAUCGACCACAACAGACACUACGGUCGAUUGCCCGCCACCAUGACCAAAGAGCAUGCGUCUGGCAACAGGGAAGUCUCUGCAUCCCUUCAUUAUCUCCAUCCAAACCCCGAACAGGGUGCCCCAGGCCGACACCUCACUCCCGAGCAAGUCGAACGCUCGGCUCGCAUGCUCUCAUUGGACAACGCCAUCGACCAACUUCACGAUCCGCUCGUCUACGAAGACCGACAGGUUCUUCGACGCAUCGUGAGGCUGCUGGACAUCCGCCGCCAAGAGCUCUUGAGGUACCGCAUUAGCGUCGACGAGAGUUCGCCGGAGGUUGAGCUGCCUGAGACCGUUGACGACAUUGAGGACCUUGCGAUGCAAGCCAGUGUCAGUUUCAAUUACCCGUUUGUUCUCCGCGCUAUUGAAGCCAUAGAUACUCUUGCUCAGAGUGUCUGGUUCUGCAAUGAUGAAGAACAGGAGUCGAACAAGGAGAACAUUCCUCCUGAGCUCAUGAAUUAA